GCAAAUCCAAGAACCGCAUUCCGAAAAUACGACUUCCACCACGACGCCAAAGGCGUGGUUCGCCUUGAGCAAGCCUAUUCGCUCCGUGCCCGAUGCGGACGCCGACCACGACCGGCAACGUCCGCGUCCGCCGCCACGUAAUGGAUCAUUCCGGAACCGUGGAGACGAGAAACUGGGGAAUCGUGUCGAGAAAUCGCCCACCGACGACGAUACCGAUACGCUCCAUCCAGCGGUCCCUUGGGCUGUUCUUGCCGCGGCUCUCGUGCUGUCGGCCGGAGCCGUCACCACCGCCGGUAACAGUAUCCAUCUCGAUCCGCUCCUGGAACCGUUCCGGAUGGCUUCUAGUGAGGGAGGCGCGGUACCGACGCUCGCUGCCACGAUUACCAACGUCUGGAAUCAUCCGCAGGAAGUUUUGAGCGAGCUUGCGGAAGGUAUCCGAGAUUUAGGACCCCUCGGAGUCGUCUACUUUGGUAUCCUCUAUACCGUGGCCGAAAUACUGGCCGUACCCGCUACACCGUUGACCCUCUCGGCCGGUUACUUAUUCGGCCUUACCCAGGGCGUCGCAGUCGUCCUUAUUGCGGCUACCGUAGCCGCCAGUGUGGCGUUUGUCGUCGGGAAAACCGUACUCCGCAGUUGGGUGGAAGGAAUCCUCGAGGAAAAUCCUCGCAUGGCCAAACUCGACGCCGCCAUUGGGAAAGAAGGCUUCCAACUCCUUCUCCUGGUCCGACUGUCCCCCAUUUUCCCCUUUGCCUUGUCGAAUUACGUAUACGGUGCCUCCAGUAUUUCCUUCGGGAGUUACUUCUGUGCCACCCUGCUGGGCUUUGCGCCUGGUACCGUCGCCUACGUUUACACCGGU